AUGGCUAAGAAGCAGGUGGCUGGUUACAUCUUGGAAAAGCGAAUUGGCAAGGGCUCAUAUGCAACCGUGUGGAAGGGCCGGGACGAUAAACAAGAGCUGGUGGCCAUCAAAGUCAUUAGUCGCCAGACUGUGACUGAAACUGCUCAGCUGCGACAAGAAGUGGAGGUGCUUCGAAAAAUAUCUCACCCGAACAUCGUACGUUUCCGGGACCUCAAGAAGAGUACAGCUCACUUCUACCUAGUGCUGGAGUAUUGUGCUGGCGGGGAUUUGUCGCAAUUUCUUCGUGCGAAAGGUCGGGUUCAAGAGGAGACUGCUCGGCGAUUCCUCACACAGAUUGCCAGCGGAUUGUUUGUGCUGCACAGCUCCAAUCAUUUGCAUCGAGAUUUGAAGCCGCAGAAUAUUCUUCUCAGCGACUGUUCCGUUGACCCCGUUCUGAAGCUGGCAGACUUUGGCUUUGCGCGAGCGUUGCCAGAGCAGGACAUGGCGGCCACAGUGUGUGGCUCUCCACUGUACAUGGCCCCAGAAAUUUUAAGGCACGAGCCAUAUGAUGCCAAAGCUGAUUUGUGGUCCGUCGGGGCAAUUCUCUACGAGCUCUUGUUGGGGAGGACACCCUUCAGCGGAUCCAACCCUUUGCAACUUUUAGCCAAUAUCGAAACGACUGCCUUGUCCUUCGAGGGCGUGCAGCUUUCAGCCCCCGGUCAGCAGUUCUUACGAGCUCUGUUGGUUCACAGCCCAAGCCAGCGCCUUUCGAGCCAGGCCUUCAUGCAGCAUCCAUAUGUCAGUCUCUCCCCUCCGAGCGUGUCUCUGACGCAGGGCGCUGCUAGUAAGAAGUCGCAUGGGCUGAGGCCCUACAUAGCAGUGUCCGAGACCAGCAAAGACCAGCCAUCUCCAGUGGCAGAUGUACAGGAUACCGAGGGCAGUUUCAUUGUGACGGAGUGGAUUGACAAGGUGCCCAAAUCUGGUGCUGCAUCUCCAUCAGUUGCUUGGAGAUCUUGGAGCGCCUGGAUGUUGGCCGACAGCGAGACGUAG